AUGUCUGUAGUCUCGGAACCAUCGAUACUUGAAGGGCUUACUGACUUAUUCGCUGGAUUCGAUCAUGAAGCAGCCCGCAGGAGACAAGAACAAAAGUUGCGCGACGCGCCCGUCCCCUGUCAAUGGCCAGAUAACCGGACAUCCGCGCCUGCAGCCGAUGCUAAUGAUCAUCUCCUACCCCUGACCGUAUCCGCCGAUCAAGUCGAAUAUGGCAUUUUAUGCCUCAACCUCUGGAAGCUUGGGUCAAAUGUUCAGGGGCAAUGGAAGCCUCGAGCGAUAUUGGAACACGACGGUUCGCUCACAGAGUUUGACCUCAGAAAUUGGCCGAUAUUAGGGUCUGGCGCGGGCUCGGGAUGGGGCGGACACGCAACAACUAUUCGGUCCGACCUAUCUCUCAUGGCGCAACCCUGCGAGGCCAUCUUGCACCUGCUUUUUGAGCGCCACUUAGACUCGAACCAGUCGCCAGGGGGGGGCGAUGCGGUCAUGAAUCUUGGCUCGAUCAGCUUAGGGCCAUUUGUGGAGUCUUGCACAAUGACAAUGGAGUCCUGUCCCUUCAAGGGCGCCGAGAUCGACAUGACCGUCACAUUCUCACGAGCCCAUCUUCCUGGCAUGAUGGAAGAUAUGGAGCAGAAUAAAUGGCUUACAGAGCCACGUCGUGAUCUUGGUGGUCUUGAGCUUGUCGAAGCGAAGGACACUGACACUUUCUACCUCAUGACGACCAUAUCUGCAGAAGACUACCGGCAGGGAUCGGCUAAGUUCUCUCUUGACAGCCCUUGGAUUCUACCCGUCCGAUUCGUGUACAAAUCCCCCGGUCACCUCCAUCUCUUGAGCCCGAUCUCGAGCUGCUGCCAUCUCCUUGGCCGCGUCCAGAGGUGCCGCCGGGUGACCGACAAUAAGGCUCAGCUAUACGCUGCACAGCUUGUAUGUGUACUGGAAAGCCUGCACGACUUGAAUAUAAUCGGCUUGCUCAGCUCCGAGAAUAUCCUCUUGGAUGUGUUUGGUAACAUCCGUAUCAUCACCCCGAGGCUGUUCACGACCGACCAUAGUUGCUGCCUCGGCCAAAUGGCAUAUACCGCUCCCGAGAUUCUGAGUGGUGAUGGACCGUCUCAACUAACGGACUGGUGGAUCUUGGGGAGCUUCCUUCACGAGAUUCUGACCGGUUUGCCCCCUUUCUAUCACCAAGAUCCGGUAGAGAGAGAUCGCAAGAUCCUCAUGGAGGAGUUGGACGUGCCCACAUACGUCCAGGGCGUCACAGCAGAUAUUUUACGACGCCUGCUGAACAAAAACCCAACCCAGCGCUUGGGAGGAGUACAUGGUGUAUCAGAGAUCAAGAAACACGACUUCUUCGUGGGUCUCGAUUGGCAACAUCCCAGCGCUGACUGUUCUGAACUAAGCCCUUUUCAACCACACGAUGCCAAGAACAUCCUGAAAAACUCACCUUUCAAGGGCACUAACCAACCGCCUCGAAAGUUUCGCGAGUCCGGGGGCCAUGUGUACGAGGAGUACCCAUAUGGUCAACUGGCCAACGGCCGCAAACCCGAACAGACUAUAGGACGUCUGCGAAGCUCGUCUGAUAUCUUCAACCCGGCUCUCUCCGAGCGGGUGCAUCUGAGCCCAGAUCAGGCUGCUGCGAACGCUCUUCAGGCAGACCCUGAAUGUGAGGGCGGCGAGCCUGAGGCAAUCAUGGCACGGCUCAAGGCGGCGUUACAGACGAAGCAAAGCACGGAGAAAGUUGCCCAUAUUCUCGACGGCUGCGCCAGUGACGUACUAGCAACCAUACUCAUGUCUCCCAUCCUUCUCGUCAACAUUACACCCAUCGAAACGAUUGCGCCCACGACAUUGUUGUGCGAGGUCCCGAUCACAGCGCUUGAAUGGGCAGUGGAGCUUGGUCGUGCGGACCUGGUCCUCCUCCUCCUCGACCGGGGUGCGGAUCCUAAUCGUACCUUCGACGAGAGGUACGGCCCUGCGCUCACCCGGGCAGCCAGAGAGCGGAGGACGCAGCUCGUGGACAUUCUUGCCCCCAAAACGAGUCGCAUUCUCGCGCUAAGAACGCUCUGCCUGGCCGUCGAGCAAAGGGACAUACCCACAGUCACAUGCCUUCUUUCCCGCGGCGUCCCCUGCGACUUCGACACCACAGACCGUCCCCUGCCGCCCCCGCGGACAUCCCACUACGAUUUGUACCUCUGCGGCUAUGAGGACUCCCCAUGGGGCCCGAGUUGGGACUUUGUUCUCCCCCCCGUCGUCCGCGCAGCGAGACACGGCGACGCGGCCAUGGUUCGCUUGCUGCUGAGCCACGGCGCGGACCCUAACACUGCGUAUCACUCAAUGACCUGGCUAGCGCCGGAGUGGCACGCUUCCUGGCAGAAGGCGGCGGAGCACAGGGGCUUGUGGAACUUUGGCUUCGUGUGUGGGCGGGUCGUGCAGUUGGCGAUGCAGCUCGAACACCGGGACGUGGUCGACGCGCUGCUGGAAGGUGGUGCGGAUAUCGGGCUUCCCCAUUCGGAGUGGCCCGGACCAGCACACUUUUGUCCCACGGUGCCGCGGAGCGUGUAUCUCCGGGUAACGGCUGGGCUGGAGGAGGCUGCUGGAGGCCGGGGCGGGUAG